AUGCUUUGCUUACGUCGAUCAAAUUUUUUGUACGCUGCAUUUCGCCAGGUCUCCAGUAUGAGUUGUGUCACGCCUGAUGAGUAUACGCAAGUCGUACGCAAAGAGGAUAUGAUAAAGUUCUGUGCUAGCUGUGUGGAAAAGGUUGGCGUGUCCCAUGAACAAAGUCGAGAACUUGGUGAAGUGCUAGUUGCUGGAGACUAUCGUGGGCACUAUAGUCAUGGAAUAAAUAGGCUCGAAAUGUACGUGCGAGACGUUCAAAAGAAGGUUUGUGACACGAAGGCAACGCCCGUGAUUGAAAAAGAAACUGUCUCUACUGCUCUCGUGAAUGGAAAUAACCUUCUUGGUCCCGUGGUUGGCAAUUUUGCGAUGAAGACCGCUAUCAAAAAGGCGAAGGAAACUGGUAUAGCGUGGGUCGCAGCAUAUGGUUCUAACCAUUAUGGUAUUGCCGGAUGGUACAGCAUUAUGGCAGCUAAACAAGGAUUGAUUGGAAUGUCCUUCACAAACACCUCACCAUUGGUUUACCCAACACGUUCAAAAGCAGUGAGUCAUUCUAUGAUGAAUGCAUUUGUUACGACAUACAUGUACGCAGUACUGCUUAGAAGAUCUUCCAGUCCUCAAGUGUUAAGUGCAGUGGGAUAUGUUCCAAGAGAUCUAAUCGGUAUUCCACAAUGA